AUGCAGGCUGAGGCCCCCGAUGUGUCCUUACAUGAGGGCAUCCAGGCUCUCGAUGUCAAAGAGGCAGAAAAUAAAAAGGAAGUGAGCAAACAGGAGGAAGAAGGUACGGAGCAGCAGGAUGUCGAGAUGACCGCUGCACCGGUGGAGGACACUGCAACGACAGACGGCAAAGGUCAAGAAAGCCAAGACAUAGACCGGCCGGAGGGAGACAAACGCACACCUCAGUCGGUUGUCGCCGUCGAGGACGAAGAGGGGACACGGGCGGCGGACAAGGAUGGCGAAUGGGAGCUCGUGUACAGCGACGAGGAAAUGGAGGACCCCCAGAACUGGAUGCCUCCUCCUGCCGAGAUCAAGAGACUGUAUGAGCUCCUGGCCAAGGGCGAGAUGCUGCAGCUCAAUUUUGAGCCCCUCCCCCGCAGGCCGCCCACGCCCGAGCGCCCCCUGUCACCCGAAAGGGAGGAAGAGGAGGACGAGGCAGAGGAAAGAGAGAGGAAGGAGAGGGAGCGCAAGCCUCCAAGUCCAACUGAGUUUGACUUUAACGAAGAGCAGCAAUUGCAAACCACCCCAAAGAAUGCCUUCAUUAACAGACGUCGAACGCCAGGGUCAUCAUCUCGCUCGUCCGUGAAAAGGGAAGCCAGGCUGGACAAAGUGCUUUCCGACAUGAAGCGCCACCGCAAAAUCGAGGAGCACAUCAUGCGCACGGGGCGAGAUCUCUUCAAGAGCGACAAGAAGCCGGAGGGGGCGCUCUCGCCCAACAGCCAGAAGGAGCGAGACAAAGAACGGGAGCGAGACAGCAACCCAAAUACCAUCUUCUCACCCAGGCAGAGGAGAUACUGAACACUUGCGACGCAAUAACACCCCCCCCCCCAUCCAUCCCCACCUGUACAUUUUCCAAGGCGCUUUUCUUUUUCGUUUUUUUGGGCGCGGGGAAUGAAACAAGCUUUGUAUAUUUUUAUCGUUUUGGAUAGUGGGAAUAAACAUGCUAACACUUGGACUGACAACUUGUAGAUGGGCGUGUUGUGCACGAACAAAUGAACAUUUGCAAAAACUAGACGUUGAU